AAAUUGGUGGUCCUUUACUACUCGAACUUAAACGACGUCGGUCUAUCUCCGGCCCAGCUGCAUUUCACGCACCCAUCACUCCAUCGGUUCAUCCGUCCAUCGUCGUCACUUCGAAAUUACCACGAUAUCCCUUCACGUUCACGGACACACACCUCUUAUACUCUUACCUUCCUCGAAUUCCGCAUUCCUCUGUUUCAAUUUCUUUUGAAUUUGAAGUUUAAUUAGCAGCAAAAACAUUGGUAAUAUUCAUUAUUUCUUCUCCGGAUACCUGAAAUUCGUUCGGGUUUCUAUAAAUGGGCACUGAAUCGAAUCCAACUUCUGCACCAGCGUCUGCAACAAUUUCAACGCCAACUCCAUCGCCGAGUGGGAAGCGAAGUAGAGAUCCGGAAGAUGAGGUUUAUCUCGACAAUCUUCACUCUCACAAGCGUUACCUAACCGAGAUAAUGGCAUCUAGCUUGAAUGGACUAAGCGUAGGCGACACCCUACCGGAUAAUCUUAUGGAUUCUCCGGCCAGGUCAGAAAGCAUGUUUUAUCUCAGCAAUGAUACGCCUCUGCAAUACUCACCAAUGUCAGAAGACUCAGACGACUCGAGAUUCUGUGAUACCCCUAUAAAUACUUGCUCAUCUCAGCCUGAUAGCCUGUCUUCUAGUCCAGUUUCUCCAUAUAGGUACCAACGACCACUUAGUGGGUUCCCUCCUACUCCAUCCACCAGUUCAUACCCUUCAUAUAGUAGCACAGUCCCCUCUGUCACUGGCUCACAGUCUCGUCAUCGAAGCUCAGAUACUGAUGGUCGAUUCCCAUCCUCUCCUAGUGACAUUUGCCACUCAGCUGACUUAAGAAGAGCUGCACUAUUGCGGUCUGUGCAGAUGAGAGCGCAACCUUCUGGGCCAUCAUCAUUUGAAUCGCCAUUCAGGUCUGUGCCGGAGACUGUAUCUAAUAUGGAAGCUGAGGAGCAGCCUUGCUCAUUUAUGAAGUCUUUAGCUGAUGAGAGGGAGUAUCAGAUUGAGGAGUGUUCUUCUAUAGAUACCUCAGAGCCUGAUUUUGACAAAGAAAAAUCAUGCACAACGUUGAAUAAGUGUAUGAAAGUUGAUGAUGCGGCUGCUCAAAUGCAUCAGGAGUCAGACUAUGCGUUUUAGCCUCGCAUCAUGGCUACUAAAGGCCUAAUCCCAGGAGGGGGACAAAACCUUCUCGGGCUAAUGAUGGGAUUUAUGGACCGAGUUUCUGGUUCAGGUUUGCUCAACAGUAACUUUUUAUGGUUCAGUGAUGAUCGCGAGAUGCCACAUUAGUUUGUUUGGCCUUCCUGAAAAUUGCAGGAUGUUUCACCUAUGUAGAGUGCACAUAAAGAAGUCUGUUCAGGGAGGUUUGAAUUUUAGAUUUUGAUUUGUGUCUUCUCUGAGGUCAAACAAGAACUUUUUGGACUACCAUGUCAUACAUUCAGUUCGGAUGGAAA